CGGUAUUUGUCUCUCUUAAUUAAAAAAAACAAAAACAAAAUUUCUAUAUUUCUUGAAGCGCAAGAAAAGAGGCAUUUAUGGAUUGAAAGGGUUUCUAUCCACAGCCGUUUCUGCAAUUAAAUGCUUAAAGCAGUUGUAAUGGCGUGCGAGGAAACCAGCAAAGCAAGCUGUAGGACAACAGUAUCUGAUUUCCAGGCAGUUUGAACAGCAGAGACCCUGAUUUGGAACAGAUUCAAAGAGCUGGAAGCAUGGUAGUCAGGCAGUACUCAGUGCAGUAAAAUUUUAUAUCGACUUGUUUGACAGAACUAAAUUUUGAUACCUAAGUCUAGAGCAUCUGUUAAUGGUGAUGUUUGUUGGAGAAUACGGCAAGGAAUUCAUAUUCUUGUCUGUCACUUGUUGUGCUUGCAUGGGUGGUUGUGUUGGAGGUUGUGCUAAACCCUCACCAGCCAUAGCUGCAGAUAGACCUUCAAGGAGGCAUUCAUCAAGAAGAGGAGGAACAAGUGGAAACUUUCUACUGAAAAAGGACUGGUGGUCAUCCAGCCCAGAGGAUAUGGAUAAUAAUGUAAAUAAUCUUCAUUCAGUAAAAAUUCCAUCAGUUGGCAGCACAAGUCAAACUGAAGAGACACAGACGUUAAACGGAAAUGAUGAUAAUGCUUCUUUUGUAAAUCAUGCUUUGAAUAUGUGGAAUGAGAAUAGGAGGCAAUGGGUAGGAAACCGUCCUCAAAAUCCACCCCAAUCGAACAAAGAACCUGUAAUAAGUUGGACCACAACCUAUGAUGAUUUACUUGCAACCAACCAGCCUUUUGCACAACCCAUUCCAUUGCCAGAGAUGAUCGAUUUCCUUGUAGAUGUUUGGCAAGAGGAAGGGCUUUACGAGUGAGGGAAAGUCUAUGAUGAAUGAUGAAAGCUUCAGAAUUAUUUAACACCAGCGAAGUUGUCUUUUUUUUUUGUCUAAUUGCGAGGAUUGUAGAUUUAUUACAAGCGAAAGUUUCCUUUGCUGUUUUAAGAGAAACACUGUUAAAUUUUUUCUUUGAACUCUGAUUUUUUAAACAUUUUUUUGAUGGCAAUAUAUAUUCAACGUGAUGACUAUCAGAAUAAGAUUUUGGUUGUUUCUAUAUCUGUUUUCUUAUACAGUUCUAGCAUAGUUUAUCUGUUCAGCUCUGAAGUACACGUAUUUAAAUGAUCAAGCUACCGCAUCUUUAGCUGA